GUUCGCAUGGACGCCACUUCGCCUGGCUUCGCUCCCGGGCGCGGCCCUUCUGCUCCAGCCGGGCUGGCCGUCUCUCUCUCUCCCGCCUCCCUGCCCAGGAUGCUCCCCAGCCCCGCCACUUCCACCCCCUUCUCCGUCAAGGACAUCCUGAAACUGGAGCAGCAGCAGCAGCAGCAGCAACGUCUCGGGAGCCCCCUCGAACCGCCUUUCACCCCCGCCGCCGCCGUUGCCUCCUGCCUGCUGAGCUGCCGCUUCUCGGACGGAGAGGAGGAGGAAGAGAGCGAGGAGCAGCAGCCCUUCUUGACCCCCAUGGCCUCGACAAAGAGCCAAGCGGACGGGGGGUUCUCCCCAGGCAGCUACGUGCAGGCGGUGCUGCGGAGCACCUGCGAGCCCAAAGGCAAAGAACCCGCGGGGGAGGCCUCGGAGCGUCCCAAGGCGCGCAGCCGGAGGAAGCCGCGGGUGCUCUUCUCGCAGGCGCAGGUUUUCGAGCUGGAGAGGCGUUUCCAGCAGCAGCGCUACCUUUCUGCUCCCGAGCGGGAGCUCUUGGCCAGCAGCCUCAAGCUCACCUCCACUCAGGUCAAGAUCUGGUUCCAGAACCGGCGCUACAAGUGCAAACGGCAGCGACAGGACAAGGCCCUGGAACUCGGCGGCCCAGCGGCAGGGGCGGCCCAGCAGCCUCCAGCGCCGCCUCCGCCGCCGCCUCCGCCGCCACGCAGAGUGGCCGUUCCAGUACUGGUGAGGGACGGCAAGCCAUGCCUGGGGGGCUCGCAGGCCUACAGCGCGCCCUACAACGCUCCCGCUGCCUCCUACGCGUACAACGGCUUCCCUAAUUACGCCUACAGCGGUUCCACCGGUGCAGUCUACGGCGCCGGCUACAGCUGCAGCUACCCCGCGGCCAACAGCAUGGGCCCCUCGGUGCAACCAUCACCAGGGCCCUAUGUAAACAUGGGCGGCUUCCCCGGCGGAGCGCAGCCCUUGCACCAGGGGGCCGCCGGCUCCUCUUGCACUCAGGGCAUCCGAGCCUGGUAGGCGGCACUGCUCCUGGAACUCCGCGGGCCGGAGGGUCGCUGGUCCUCCGCAGACACUAGGGGCCUCGCUGGGACCCUUUGGGGAGAAAGUGAGCGACGCCCGAAGAAGCGACCUCCGGCGAAGUGGGACAGGGACCUUUGUCUGUGGCUGGUCUCUAGCACUUCGUCCGCUCUCGGAGCUAACCUGGAUCGCCGCGAUCGACAAGAACAUAUUCCCUAUUUGGACUCCCCUGGGGAGAGCCCCCACCGGCCUCCACAACGGCCCCGAAGCUUUUGGACGGAGCAGGAUCAGGUGCAACCCGGGAGUCGCCAGGCUCCGCGCCUGGACUGCAGU